AUGUGUGAACUUAUUCAGGAUUAUAUCGUUUUUGUCAAGAAACAACCUUCUAAGACAGGAAAAUGCUUUACGAUUGGUAUUAAUGUUAACAAAGCAUUUAAUACUAAUGUUGAUUUUGAUAUAACAUUAGAAAUCUGUUGGGAUAUUGAAAAUAUCUGUAUGUGGCCUAAAUGCAUUAGAAGUGAUGGUUUUUGUUAUAUUAUAUCUCAAAAAACGUUAGGAUUAGAAGAUAUAGGAAGUCAAGGCAUACAAUAUUACCAUCCACAAUCCAGCAUAGCUCUUCAGAUGGCAGAACAAGCUAAAUGGGCUACAUCGAUUGGUAUUUCACUUGUGCUGGAAACAUGUGGUAUCGAGGUUAAGGAUAAAGCUUUUGAAAUGAUAGAUAUCGUUAUACCAGAUCAAGUAUAUAAGCUUAGAACAACAUCCAUAGGUAAAGGAGAUGGUGUGCCUAUGAUGACUUCAAAAGCUUGGAAUGUUAUGUUUCCGUCUGAUAGUCUAAAAAGUAUAUCAAGAAGCCCGAUAGCUGUCGCCAACAGUAUACUUUACAAUUAUAUAAUAUUUGGCAAUGAGCUAGGUAGACUAGUGGGACCAGUUGAUAUUAUGUUUCUAUACGACUAUGCGAUCGAAAACAGAAUGAAUUUUAACACAUUCGACAUGUGGUUUUCUGGUGUCAGAAAUAAGAUAGCACUCCUAUUAAAACACAUGACACCAUUACAGGCAACAAGUAUAUUAGGGAAUAUUUUGUGUUAUGAGAUGGUUAAAGCCAAAUGUAGGGUAGAGGAAGCAAGCAGGCGCUGCUCUCAAGUAAAUAAAAAAAUGGCCGUGUGGAAGGAUUUGAGAACAAUGUUUCAUUUCAGAGUUGUUGAUGCUGCUUUUCUUAAAAUAGUGCCAUAUACUAUGUUGACUACUGAUGAAAUGGAUAUCAUUGGAUUUGGUUCGGUAUUACAUGACUUAGCUGAUUUUGGAUAUGAUAUAAGUGUCAAAGAACCAAGCAAUACAUUCUUAACUAUCACAGGUGGUAAGAUAGACAUGGAUUCUAUAAAAAAAGGAUAUAUUCGCAUGGCAAAUGGGCUGCAAUACCUCAUCGAAAGAUACAAAUACGAUGCAUGUGGGUUGGUAUUCCUAGCUACUCACUUCUGGCAAAUUGCCAAUGGACGUCAUAGAAUUAUUCCAUCAAUCUAUAAUGGUGCAACUAACUAUCAGCAUGAGUAUUUAGAAUUAAAAGGUACAUUGUUGGAUAUAUUGCAAAAUAAUAAUUUUACUAAAAAAAAUAGUAUCAGCACACUAGAAGCUGCAGAAAAUAUUAGGGCUGUUGCUUUAUCGCUAGGAUAUGAUGCUAUAGCAAUUGCUAAACUUGUCACCAUAGAUAUUGCUGGUAGUUACGCUAUCGAUAUUGAAAUAUCUCCCCAAACCAUCAAUGUGAUCGAACGUAAAAUGUGUGAAUUAUCAGUAUCCAUUGCAAUAGGAUGCGAUACCAAUGGCAAGAUGACUUCCUUUCUAUGGAUGAUAUGCGAGUACAUGUGGUUGAAAACAGUAAUAGAAGAACCUUCAAAGGUUUUAUUUGAAACUGCAAUUAAUAUAGCUCAUAUUGUAGAUAUUGGAACUUUCAGUGACUUACUUUUUGAGAUUGCAAGUAAUAAAUUUUCUGAUAAUCGCAUUUAUGUUUUUGGUCGUGAAAAAAAGAAUGAUAAAUGGACAAAGUUGCAGGAUGGUUUAGAUGAUUAUUUACAGGCGUUAGUUCAAUUAAACUUUAAAAUGGUUAGAUUUCUAAUUGAGUUGCAAGAUGCAAAUGAG